CUCCUCCAUCCUCUCCCUCUCCCCCUCCCCCUCCCCCGCAUCGCCCGGCAGGCCUAACCAAUCGAUUGAACUUCGAGACGGAGUUGAAGGUGCUAGGCUAACCUACAAGACUGGCAUCGUUUCCUCCCUCGUGUGUCCUCGAGCCAAUUUUUUGUCGUACCGGGUCGACAUCCUCUCCCUCAUCAUCCUCUCUCUCCCUCGUCCCCACCCCCCAUCACUUUCGCUCUCUGUCCGCGCAACAGGCGGGGCGAUUCCGUGAAACAGUCAAUAAGGCUUUUGCAGGUUUUGACUGCUGGCGAAUCUCGACCUGGACUAGCCGAACCGGUUGUUGUAGGCGGAAGAAAAGUUUGGUGGAAAGUGACUUAUUCCCGGUCAACUUUCGCAUCUCAACGUUUGAAUCAAAACUUCUCCAACUGUUAGUAGGACCCGAUCUCCUUGAAGCUGCUCUCUUUUUCCCCUUUCCCCAUUUUCUAUCUCAUCCAUUACUCGAGUGAUUUCGGGACACGGGUGAUCAACACUAUUACCGACUCGCCCGUGUAUCUCUUCCUUUUUUUCUUUUCCUUCUUUUUUUUUUUUAAAAAAAAAAAAGAAAAAAAGCUUGUUUUUUGAUGGGAGGAAAAAUAGUCCUUCCAAAAUGUGUUUCCCCGACCUUCUCGUGAUAUUUUGUUGAUUAUUAUUAUCGUCACUAUUACUAUCGUUUUCAUGAUUUCAUUAUUUUUUCUUUUACCUUCCAAGUUUCCCGGGUUGUCAGCAUGGGCGAGCCAGGGAACGAGCCGGUAUGGUGAUGGUGAAGAGCAAAUUGAAAUGGGGUGCAAGGAAGGGGUAUCAAUGUCCAUCACUGCUGGCUGCAGCCUCUCUUUUUGUCUGGUUGAGCUGUGUUGGGAUGCACCGCUCCUCUCGAGUAGGCUUUCUCCUGCUCCAAACGAUGUGCCCAGGGCCUUUUUUCUUUUUCUUUUUUUCCAGUGGACCCGAACUGCCAGGCCCCUGGGAUUAUUCCACCUGCACUUGAGGGAGGAGGAGGAAAGGAAGGAAAGGAAGAAAAAAAAAAAAAAAAAAAAAAGAAAAGCCCAUUGAAAAAGUGUCCGAACUUUGCAACUACUAGAGAGGCUCUCUCUUCUCCUUCUUUUCCUUUUUUUCCCAACUGAAUAGUCCACCUUUGCCUCCCGGUCUUUUUCAAUUCAUUCAUUUCAACUUUUCGUUGUCUUCCUCGCUAACCGACUGUUCCUUUGGUUGCGUCGACAGACUCCACACGUUCCUUCCACUCCUUCAUUCCUUAUUCACCUCCUUUUCGCUGCAGCGUCAGGACAUCCUCGAGAACCUCUCAACAUACAGACUCUUCAGACACAGGUCGACCUUGUAGUCAUUCCCGUGUUCCGUAAAAGUCUUCUCUCGUCUCUCAGCCCCUUGUCAUUUCGCCCUUGCGCACCAUACCCCCUUAUCCGUCAUUCGGACUCACAUACGGCGGCUUUUGCUUCCUCAGAGACGUUAGCUCGUUUUCUUCUGAGGUAAAAGGCAUCCUCUGUGCUAAAGAAUUCCCAUUCUCGGUGUGCGGUCCAUUGUCGGUUGUUCCCAUCCGUUUUGACAUUGGUUCACGGGAUAUUGAGUAAGGGGUCGUCUAUCACACGGGUCCUGCUUGUGCAUUGUGAUCAAAAGGAAUUUCCCUCUUGCCUGCUCUAAUCGUUUCCAAAGGUACGGGCUGCUCUGGACAUGCAUUGCUCCACCCUUAUAGCCCCUCACUCCGAGAUUGAAUGGCAAUGGUUGCUGACUUAUGGCGUCUCAAUUCAAUAGGGGUCCCCUUUUAUACUAUUUCCACCCACCGGGGAUUUAGUCUUGGUUAGAAAGGAACUUCCUUCCCUCAAUCAUCCUGUCUCUCUCUAAUUCGCCAGACUGUUAUUUUUUCUUUCUUUCCUAAUUUCUUGUCGUUCUUUCGAAAAACUUCCGAUCACCUUCUUUUAUAGUUUUUUUUUUUUUUUGCGAAGACGUCUUCAGUCCUCGCAAUAGCCCUUCUUUACGGAAGAAUCGAACCUUCGACGUCCACUCGCUUCUUUAAUACUUAAAAAAACUAUACCCCCUCCUCACCGCAACCAUGGCCUACCAACCUUGUGAUUCUUAUUUCGUGGAGGAUAUGGAACAGGAUGGCGUCUUUGCAGCCCGCAGGUCAAGACAGGAAAAGGCUCGCUUAGAUGCGGAAACACAGAUGGAGAUUGCUGAUGAGAUGUCCCGGAUGGUCUCCGAGGAGUAUCAAGAAGAUAUUCUCGACCACAUGGAGGUUAUGGAGGUUGGCGUCCACCUCCCCCCUCCCCCGCUCCCCGUUUUAUCGUUAUCCCUUUGUAAUGCUCACACAAGAGUAUAGGCCGAGACUCUGCCGGAUGUUGCUAGUAUCGACAUACAAACUGAAAUUCAGUGGUUCAUGCGUCCGUAUCUCCUCGAUUUUCUCAUCGAAGCUCAUACAGCUUUCUCACUUCUCCCGGAAACCCUGUUCCUUACUGUCAAUCUUCUCGACCGAUACUGUUCGAAACGUGUCGUCUACAAGCGUCACUACCAAUUGGUUGGAUGUUCAGCUAUGCUUAUCGCGGCUAAAUAUGGAGAUAGGAAGGAUAGGGUGCCAACAAUACGGGAGUUGAAGUCUAUGUGCUGCGGCCUUUACGAUCAGGACAUGUUUAUCCAGAUGGAGUGGCACGUGCUCCAAACUUUGAACUGGGCUGUUGGACAUCCUACGGUCGACAGCUUCUUGCAAAUGGUUCUUCAGGAGGUGAACUAUGACCCUGAGGUGGAGUGCAUGGCGAGGUAUCUUUCGGAGGUUGCACUUUUUCACAAGGAUUUUGUCAGCGUACGGCCAUCUGUUAUGGCGAGGUCUUCAUUGGCUCUUGCUCGUCACAUCCUUGGCCGCCCCAUCCCUCGUCAUUCGGAAUGGGCUGGGAAAUACGAUACGAAUGUUCUUGUCCUUUUAUCUCAGAAUUUGCACCGCCCUUCGUCAAUUCUAUCACGGAAAUAUGCCAGCCCGGAAUACGCGUGCGUCUCGACGAUCUUGGAGGAGUUUUUAGCUCGUCAGGCACAGAUUGCAAAACAGAGCAUGCCCCCUACACCGCCGUCGGAAGUGUAUGAAUCCUCCCGGACGGCAAUGGAUGAAGACAUGGUGAUGUCUCAGGAUGUACAUAUGACCCCUUCAAAGGGUCAGCAGCAGGUUUCCAUGGGGUACAUCACCCCGCCGGUAACACCUAAUGCAGGAUACUUUGCGGAUGACGGUGUUCCCUCGGCACGGAUGCCCAUAACCCCAACACCCCAACACCAACAGCAGUACCUUUCAUGACUCCUUUGACGGAAGCUUCACGUUCGUUUUAAUCACUUGUCGCCUGUUUUAUCUGUUCAUCGUCCGAUGCCUUUCUGUUUGCAACCAUUCUUGGCCCACUGAGGGAAAUACCAUCUCAUCGCAAUCGACCCCUAUUCAACCACAUCGAAAUUGCAUAUUUCAUCACCAAAAUCAAAAUGUUCAAAAGGAGAAGGCUAAAAACUGGAAAGUCGAGUUGGUUUGGUCGUGUUUGGUCUUGGACUCUUUUGGUUAUUUUGCUCUGGUCCCAUUUCCCUUUAGUUUCCUUUGUUUGUUGCCUUUGAUUUGUCUGAUUAUUCGCACUUGCAACUUGAGCAUCUGCAUUCCGUUUCUCUUUAACUAUCAUUUGAGCGUCACUUUUUUUGUUUGAUUGUCAUUUUUCAUUUUUGAUAUUGUAUACCACAUAGUGUGUUUUUGUGGGCUCUCUUUUACUUGAGGGGGACUCCUGGAAUUUGCUGGAGAACCACUGAGACUGUCAGAAUUACAAGAGCGCGAGGAACGGAAAAAAGGGCUACCAUUGAACGGAAGGGAGAGAGAAAUUGAAAACAAAGUCAUUGAUCUUAAUUCUUGAUUUUCUUCUUUCUUUAUUUCUUUCACUUCACUCCACUUCAUUUCUAUAAUUCGAUGGGGGAUAACCCCCCCCCCCGCGCUUCUGCGAGGGUUCCCACUGGAGGACCCUUUUUCUACAUUACCUUUUAAUAUUUUCUCUUUUUUUUUCUUUUUUUUUUGCUGUGGAAGAAAUUUGAUUUGUAUUUAGUCGCCGCCCCAUAUCCUCUGGGAGAUGGGUCAAUUCCUUCUUGCAAUGUUAAUUUCUUCCAAGCAUUGUCAAAUGGUUCUCAGUUUUGAGGAGGAUCUUUUCAUCUUAUCUGAUACCGUUUCUCACUUUUCAUUUUCCUCUUUUAUCAAAAAAUCUGGAGGCUGGUUUUUUUUUUCUUUUUCACUUUCCAACAUACCCUUGGAGUUUCUUCUACACGUCGUUCGUCCCUAUACUCCUUCUUUCUCUAAUCGAUCCGUGGCAUCAAUCACCUUGGCGAAUAUGCUAAUACGCUUUUUUCAUUCAUUCCAACUUAUCAAUCAUCACUGCGUUCUUUUUUUUCGCUCGCAACGCUUGCUUUUGCUUUUGCUCUUAUUCACUUUACUUGCAUACACUCUUCUCUUACGUUUCAUUAACAAACAAAAAAAAAUUGGCACAGGGAGAGGGAGGCCCUGAAGGUCGGGUGGCAGGGAGGAGCGAGGAUGCAAGGAUUAGUGUGUUUUUUUUUUUGAUAUAUCAUGACGGAAAUCAGGCUGGCUGUCUGGGUAGGCUGCUGUUACUACCAAGUUCUAUGGUAACUUGCUUGGUCUGCGACGGGAAAUACGUUCAUGGAGAAUUUUUGUAUGGAUCUUUUUCUUUUUUUUCUUUUGGAAAGCUGGCUUGAUAUCUUGCUAGUUGGUUUGAAGGGGAGGAUUCGGCGGAGGUGUAAGUUUUACCCAAAGAUUGCAGAAGGGGAGAGAAUAAGAGAAAAGAGAAAAAAGACGUAACAGAACGGAACGGAACAGGAGACACCGCAACAAAGG